UUGAGGGGCUACACGAUUUGUCUUGGGCUUCUGUCUAGACCACCUUGUCGUUUACGGCUGUCAGAAAGACCGAAGAGAAUGGACGAAGAACCAGAAAGAGCGAAGCGGUGGGAAGGAGGCUAUGAACGAACAUGGGAGGUUCUCAAAGAGGAUGAGACUGGAUCUCUCAAAGCCUCUGUGGAAGACAUUCUCUUCCAAACCAAGAGGAAAAGAGUGUUCGAAAGCCAUGGACAGGUCCGGCUUGGGAUGAUGCGCCACAUGUUUGUGGUCAUUGACACCUCCAGGACAAUGGAAGACCAGGAUCUGAAGCCUAACAGGCUAACUUCGGCUCUGAAGCUGAUGGAAUAUUUUGUGGAGGAGUACUUUGACCAGAACCCCAUUAGUCAGAUAGGGAUCAUCACCACCAAGAACAAGAGAGCAGAGAAACUGACCGACUUGGCUGGGAACCCAAAGAAGCACAUCUCCGCCCUCAAGAAAGCUGUGGACACCACGUGUGUUGGGGAGCCCUCCCUGUACAACGCCCUGACCCUGGCCAUGCAGACACUCAAACACAUGCCUGGCCACACCAGCAGAGAAGUCCUGGUCAUCUUCAGCAGCCUCACCACCUGCGACCCUGCCAACAUCUACGAGCUAAUCAAGACUCUGAAAGGGCUGAAGAUUCGCGUGUCUGUGAUUGGCCUGUCAGCAGAGGUGCGGGUGUGUACGGUCCUGACGAGAGAGACAGGGGGAACCUAUCACGUGAUUCUGGAUGAGAGCCACUUCCGGGAAUUGCUGAUACACUAUGUCAAGCCUCCUCCCGCCAGCUCAACCUCUGAGUGCUCGCUUAUACGCAUGGGCUUUCCUCAGCACACGAUAGCCUCUGUAUCAGACCAGGACUCCAAGCCAUCCUUCAGCAUGUCGCACCUGGAUAGCAGUAGUGGCCCUGGCCUGACCCUGGGUGGGUACUACUGCCCACAGUGCCGUGCCAAGUACACAGAGCUGCCCGUGGAGUGUAAAGUCUGUGGUCUGACGCUAGUGUCCGCUCCUCACCUGGCCAGAUCUUUCCAUCACCUCUUCCCUCUGGAUGCCUUUCAGGAAUCACCCCUGGAUGACUAUGAAGGGGAGAGAUUUUGCCAAGGUUGCCAAGGGGAACUGAAAGACAAAAGUGUGUUUACUUGUCCGGUGUGUAGCAGCGUGUUCUGUGUGGAGUGCGACCUCUUCAUCCAUGAGACCUUGCACUGCUGCCCCUCCUGCAUACAUAGACAGACUGCCCCCUGAUGCCAGGAGGACCAACUGCAGGACACAAUGCAGUGACUUGUUGGUGCAGACCCAUA